AUGAAGAUCGAUACCGGCCUGACUAUGCCCGAACUCCCAGAGUCCCUGUCCCAGGCUGGCCUCCAGUUCGCUGUGGCCGCUGAGGAGGAUUUUGAUGAAAUUAUGUCUAUGAGCCAGGACAUAUACGGAGGCCUCGACUACCUACCCACCAGAUACACCAGCUGGUUGCAGGACACUAAUCGCACGGUUAUACUGGCCCGCAAACAGGGGAAAGUGAUCGCUCUGGAGUCGGUGUGUGUGAUCGACGAUGGGGAGACCAUGCUUGUGGAGGGGCUGCGUGUGGCCCCCCAGGAGCGGGGGAAAGGUGUGGCCGGAGUUCUGCUGCGCUUUUGUGCCGAGCUGGUCAAGUCCAAGUACCCCGAGGGUAUUUUGCUGGUGCGCUUCAGAGCCGAAGAACUGAAAUUCCGCCUGUCUGAUUUUAAUUCGAGUGGUGGAUUUCAUUCCUCCCAGUCCACCUCCUCCCCAAAGCCCUCUCCUGUGCGUCUCGACGACACGGCCAUCAAGCAACUGUAUUUGACGACUGACGUGAUGCAUGGAGUCCUCCCCAACGCGACCAUCAUACAGGACUGGCAGCCCUUCAAGCUGCUGCCCAGCAACCUGUCCAUCCUUCUGAAGAAGGACAUCGACUGGAUGGUGGACGAUGAAGCCAAUCCCACAGUGGCCAGCCUGUGCACCUUCCCAUUCCGGGUGCCCAUUGGAAACGACUGGUAUUACCUGAACAUCGACAUGUUCGGUAAGGACCUGAGCCUGGUCCUCCAGCAGUUCCUGUGCCACCUGCAGCGCCACACGGCCGCGCUGAAGGGUCACGUCAUGUGCCAGCUCUUCCUGGAGCCGGCGCUCUGGGAGAACAUGGCCGACUUCUGCCAGAGCACUCUGCAUGUGGAGCUGGUGAAGGAGUACACGGAGCAAUGCGUGGUGGAGUCCGACGUGGUCUAG